GUGAAAAGGAAACUCAUGGAGUCGCAAAAUGCCGGUGGAGGCAAACAAAAAGAGGGUGGAAAGAAGAAAAACAAGGAAGGAUCUGGUGAUGGGGGCCGCGUGGAGUUGAAUCCAUGGCCUCAGUACAUCAAUGAGAGGCUUGAAAUUUAUAAUAAAUUAAAAGCAGAGCAUGAAGCAUUACUGGCAGAAAGAGCUGCGAAGGAAAGUAAAACCAUUAAAGUAACAUUACCUGAUGGAAAGCAAGUAGACGCGGAGUCUUGGAAGACCACUCCUUAUCAGGUCGCUGCUGGAAUUAGCCAAGGGCUGGCUGAUAACACCGUGGUGGCAAAAGUGAAUGCUGUGGUUUGGGACCUGGAUCGCCCAUUGGAGGAAGACUGUAAAUUAGAACUGCUGAAAUUUGAUGAUGAGGAAGCUCAGGCAGUAUACUGGCAUUCAAGUGCCCAUAUAAUGGGUGAAGCUAUGGAGCGUGUUUAUGGCGGCUGUUUGUGCUAUGGGCCCCCUAUUGAAAGUGGAUUUUAUUAUGACAUGUAUCUUGAAGAUGGAGGUGUGUCCAGUAAUGACUUCAGUAGCUUGGAAAACCUAUGUAAGAAAAUAAUGAAAGAAAAACAACAGUUUGAGAGAUUAGAAGUCAGCAAAGAAACCUUACUUGAAAUGUUUAAGUAUAACAAGUUUAAGUGUCGCAUCUUGAAUGAAAAGGUAGAUACUCCAACAACUACAGUAUACAGAUGUGGCCCCUUGAUUGAUUUGUGUAGAGGACCUCAUGUACGUCACACUGGCAAGAUUAAGGCUUUCAAAAUUCACAAGAAUUCUUCCACUUAUUGGGAAGGCAAAGCUGAUAUGGAAACCUUACAGAGAGUUUAUGGAAUCUCUUUUCCUGAUGCAAAAAUGCUAAAAGAGUGGGAAAAAUUCCAAGAAGAGGCCAAAAACAGAGAUCACAGAAAGAUUGGAAGAGAACAGGAGCUGUUUUUCUUUCAUGAGUUGAGUCCUGGGAGCUGUUUCUUCCUUCCCAAGGGUUCCUACAUUUAUAACCAGCUGAUCGAUUUCAUCAGAGAAGAAUAUCGGAAACGGGGCUUCCAAGAGGUGGUCACGCCAAACGUCUACAACAGCAAACUGUGGCAGACAUCUGGACACUGGCAGCACUACAGUGAAAAUAUGUUCUCAUUUGAAGUUGAGAAGGAAAUCUUUGCACUGAAACCCAUGAAUUGCCCAGGACACUGUUUGAUGUUUGAUCAUCGCCCACGCUCUUGGAGGGAGCUGCCCCUGAGAAUGGCUGACUUUGGUGUUCUUCACCGCAAUGAGCUAUCUGGAGCCCUUACCGGACUUACACGUGUGAGACGAUUUCAGCAAGAUGAUGCUCACAUAUUCUGUGCUAUGGAGCAGAUUGAAGAAGAGAUAAAGAGCUGCCUGCAUUUCCUGCGCUCUGUGUACGAUGUCUUUGGUUUCACUUUCAAACUAAACCUCUCCACUCGUCCUGAGAAGUUUCUUGGUGACAUAGAAGUGUGGAACCAAGCUGAGAAGCAACUCGAGAACAGUUUAAAUGAAUUUGGUGAAAAAUGGGUUUUAAAUCCAGGUGACGGAGCCUUCUAUGGACCAAAGAUUGAUAUCCAGAUCAAAGAUGCAAUUGGUCGAUACCACCAGUGCGCUACAAUUCAACUGGAUUUCCAGCUUCCUAUACGAUUUAAUCUCACCUAUGUAAGCCCGGAUUGUGAAGACAAGAAAAGACCGGUUAUCAUUCACCGCGCCAUCUUGGGAUCAGUUGAACGAAUGAUAGCUAUCCUGGUUGAAAACUACGGUGGUAAAUGGCCUUUCUGGCUUUCUCCUCAGCAAGUGAUGGUGGUACCCGUGGGGCCUACAUGUGACGAGUAUGCACAGCAGGUCAGAGAGCAGUUCCACCAUGCCGGUUUUAUGGCUGAUGUGGAUCUAGACCCGGGCUGCACACUCAAUAAGAAGAUCAGGAAUGCUCAGCUGGCUCAAUAUAAUUUUAUCCUCGUGAUUGGAGAAAAAGAGAGAGCCAGUGGAACCGUAAAUAUCCGCACAAGAGAUAACAAGGUGCAUGGUGAGCGCACAGUUGCAGAAACAAUUGAAAGACUGCUUCAGCUCAAGCAAUCACGCUCCAAACAUUCCGAGGAAGAAUUUUAAACCAAUUUUCUUUUUUUUCUUUUCUUUCAUAGCAUCUUAGCAGGGGAUACAAAGUAUCAGGGGAAUUUUUUCUAGCCAGUACUUUUACAGGAGAAAAAACAAACAGCUUUGAUUAAAAUACUAGCAAUUGAGCCAAAAAACAAAGGUUUUUAAAUUAAUUCUAUGACAGUACAUUGUCCAGAACUGAUAGGAAAUGUUAUUCUUAGGAAACCACAUUUAGCAUUGAAAAGAUUACCAUACAAUUUGUGUUGAAUUCAUAGUAACAUUAUUUUUUGUGUAGACUGUUUCUUCAUGAUUGUUCUAUUGAUGAUAUUUUCAAUGUUCAUGCAAAUGAUUUUACAACCAAAUGCUUCCCACCAGAAUUGAGUCUACUUUAAUCAAAACAAAGUGCAGCAGAAGAACAACCUUUGUUGCCUGUUACAUUGACUAGAACAAAUAUGACAAGACUCUUAAAAAUGUGUAAAUGUUAUUGAUAAAUAUUGAAUAUUCCUA